UCCAGCUCUGAACAAUUAUCUACACAUCUGAAUAUUUAAAUUUUAUACAAUUCUACACUUUCAGAAGUAAAUAUUUUAUAAAACAACAGCGACACAUCUCACAUGUUCACACAUAUUUCAUCAUCAUUCACAGUCAAAUUUAAUUCAUUAAUAGACAUAAAUUAACGUUUAUUAAUACUCGAGGAAUCUGUUACAGAACCUGGUUAAAGUUUAGACAGAAAUGAAAUAAACUCUGCGAAACUAAUGUAGCUAAUAUGUAAUGGAAGCUUAUAGCCACCAGUUUAAUGUGCUGCACUAAACGCAAGGAUGUCCUGGUGCAUGUUGUUGUUGUUGUUGUUGUUGUUGAAAUGUAAUCAAAUGGUUCAGUAGCAUUACGGAUCCUGUGUUAGUUCAAUCUGAAUUAAAGUGCUUGGGCCCCAAUGAUCACUAGGGUAAGGUGAGUACUGUAUAUAAACGAGUUCCUCACUCCGGCUGGCUUCAUACACACCAUACUUCACUUCCUGUAACAACUGUUACUGCACACACACACACUCCCCUUUUACACCUUUUAUAAAAUUUACAAAAUAUCAACAAAAACAGAUUGUUAAUUUUAGCCAAUGAGUGUACAGCUGGGGGUUAGCCACACCCAUAUAUAGCCACGCCCCGACAUUAUGAUUUAAUCACAUGUCUCAACAGGAAAUAGCAGGUGUGUGUGUGUGUGUGUGUGGACUUUACACACUGUCUGAAGACGUUUAGUUGAAAGAAACUUGGAUUGAAUUCCUCAAUGAUGCUGAAGGUCGGGUUCCUGUGCGCUAAAAACACACUGUGUGCUGCGAACGCGGUUUAUCUGGUGAGUGUGUGUGUGUCUGAGUGUGUGUGUGUGUGUGUGCGUGUGUGAGUGCGUGUGUGAGUGUGAGUGUGAGUAUGUGUGUGUGUGUGAGUGUGAGUGCGUGUGUGUGUGUGUGAGUGUGAGUGUGUGUGUGUCUGAGUGUGUGUGUUUGUGAGUGUUUGUGAGUGUGUGUGUGUGUGUUUGUGAGUGUAUGUAUGUGUCUGUGUAUGUGUAUGUGUGUGUGUGUGUGUGUGCUGCGAACGUGGUUUAUCUGGUGGUGGGCGUGUCCCUCAUGGCAGUGGCUGGUUAUGGGAAAAGUUUUGGCAUUGUGUGGAGUUUGAGCAUCAUCAGUGUAGUCAUGGUGGUGGGAGUCUUCCUCAUCUUCAUCUCCAUGCUGGGGAUCUUCGGAGCUCUGAGACAAAACCAGAUCGUCCUGUUCACCUACAUCCUGGCGAUGAUGUUAGUGUUUUUCUUCCAGUUCACUGUGUCGUGUUCCUGCCUCGCUUUAGGGAGAGAAAAACAGGAGAAGUUACUCAGCGUGUCCUGGGAGAUGAUGAGUGAUGAAACUCGUCGGUCUCUGGAGCAGCAGCUGGAUUGUUGUGGUCUGAUGAACAGCGCUGAAAAGCUACAUGUGUUCCGUACAGAUGUGAAAGUGUGCACUGCUGCAUGUAAAACAACAGCUCACUGCUUCACAUGUGGAGAUUUGAUGCUGCACCACGCUGCGGAGACGCUCAGAGUCCUGGGUGGAGUCGGAUUAUUCUGCAGCUUCUCACAGCUCGUGACUGUCUGGUUGGCUGUUCAAUACAGAAACCAAAAGAACCCUCAGAUCAGCUCUACAACCUCGUCAUAACCACCAAAACUGUGUGAUCAUCAUCUAGUGUGUGAUUCUAGAUUAAUUUUAUUUUUAUUGACACUUUAAUUUGUUUGUUAAAAAGAAUUCACCUGAAAUCUCAAUAAAUUUAUAUCAAGUUUA